GAGAUGCUAGGUAGCCAUAGACAUCUUCAUCUCUUCCCGAUGCAUACCAAUAGCAAUCUUCCUGAAUACGUCGCUUAAUACGUACAAGACGAUGCGUGGACGGUAAGAUCUACGGGGUCUAUACCGGAUAGAUGUGGGUCGUAAUUACGGGCACAACCUUUAUUUUUAUCUCUGGCGCCAAAAUAUAUUACACAGCAUUAUCGUUUCCAUACUCUGAGUAUAAAUGGUGUUCCCAGUUUGCUCUGCAUUUGUUGUUGUGCUCACUUGUCUUUGUAUUGAGCUGGGUAGGACCACUUGCAUAUUCACUGAAGAAUGUGACGGAGAAGCUGAUUUAUUCUUCAACCGCUAGAACUUAAGAAAUCUACACAUACGGAGUAGAAGGGAUUACGAUAUUUAUAUACACAUAACUUAGAAG